GGGAGUGGCUUGGGAGGCGAGUACAGUGUGUGUGUGUGUGUGUGUGUGUGUAUGUGUGUGUGUUGUAGCUUGUUGUUUGUGUUGCAGCUUGUGAAGAAUACUGUUUAUCCAUUGGAAGAUAAGCUCGAGCUGUUCUGAGGGUUAGUGACGGCACCAACACCUCUUCCCGAUUUGAAGAGUUUGUGAGUGACCCAAGAGAGGUGGAGGAGGAGGAGCAUCAGAGGCUGUUUGGUGCCAUUGGAAGCUCAGAGGUGGACAUCCUGGUGCUGGUGGACGGACAGCUUUCUCUGGUGGUGCUUGAGCUAAAGGACGGCAAGUUGAUGCGUCUCACAGGGCUGGAGUGUGAGAAGGUCAGCUCUUGUCAGCGCAGACUGCUCUUCAGGAUGGCUAGUGACCCCAAACCAGACCAGGCACAGAUGUUGGUGGAGGACACACCAGCCUCAGUCACUGCUGCUGCUGCCACCACAGCCACUCCACCUGCUCCACCUGCCACUCCACUAGCACUGAAUGUGGAUUCUGAUGUGUUGGAGUUCACGAGGGAAAUGGUGGAGCAAAGAAGCACUGCCAGACCAGGGUGCCACCCUCCUCUCGAACACAUAUGCAAACCAUCCUUGUUGAGAACACUGCACCCUCAACACACCCCAUGAAGUCAACACCCUGCACCAACACACCACGUUCCACCGUCGGGCCAAUCACGUCCAUCAUUAUGAAACACUUUGACAAGGAUAUGGUUCUGUUUUUGGCCUCGCUUGGCAAUGGAACCAUCGGAAACCUUCAAAAUGUCGUAAGUUCUGUUAUUUUUUGCUACUCCACCAAACUUCAUCACCUCCACAACCACUCCUGCAGUGGAU